GCCGGCAGGCACCAAAACAACACGGGAAGCUAUCCAGAUAUCAGUCAAACGUCCUCGCUCUCAGGUGAAUUAAAGAAUCAAAGUAUAAAGUUUGCGUUCUCUAGCCCUUGCACAGCUUCGAAACGAUCGUUGCCUCAAUCAACAAUCACACGACGCUCGGUCAUCUUGACGCAGGGAAGCAAGCAUUGCUCCGCAUUUCGAUCGUCUUCCACAAACAUCUUUUCAGCCUCCCGCGCUAAUAGGUGCUUUUGACGACAUCCUUUACUUCUUGCAAAUUGCACUUCUCUGCAUCUACCACAACUUCACUUUCCACCCACUACCAUAAAUUCGUCAACACAUCUGUCGUGUCCACACGAUUACAACUUACGAGCUUCUUAACAAUCGCACUCUCACUUUCCAACAUGUCUCUAACACCCGAAGUCACUUGGGCACAACGCUCCUCCGAUAGCGAUGCCGAGCGCAACUACGUUUUCGUCACGUUGAUGACCCCAGACGUAUCCAAGGAUAAGACAAAGCUCGAUGUCAAGGCCGACCGUGUUACUUUCGAAGGCUACUCGAACUCAAAGAAAGCUACCUACGCUGUCGAGCUUGUGCUUUUUGCAGAAAUCGAUCCAAGUGCCACCAAGAUCUCGCACACGGAUCGCUCGAUCGAACUGGUGCUUAGGAAGAAGGACCUCAAGCAGGAAUUCUGGCCGAGGCUACUGAAGGAUUCCAAGAAGAUGCACUUCCUCAAGACUGAUUUUGACAAGUGGGUUGACGAGGACGAGCAAGACGUGGCUGGCGAGGAUGAGGACUACAUGUCGAAGAUGAACGCUAUGGGUGGCGAUGGCGGAUUCGGCGGCAUAGAUUUCUCCAAACUUGGUGGCGGAGCUGGCGGUAUGCCCGACCUCGGCGACCUUGGCGCCGCCGGCAAAGAUUGA